AUGGAAGAGUGUCCGAUUUGUUUGGCGGACGACCAAGGCGAUGAACGCUUUGGAUGUCUCGACAUUUGUAAGCAUAAAUUCCACCUGAACUGUAUAAGAGAAUGGCACAAAUACAGCAUCGAUUUGAAGUGUCCCAUCUGCAGGAUCGAAUCCAGCCACCUGCUGGUUGGCGAAGGCCAACAUGCUGUCUCUAUAAAUUUGAAGAUGGGAUUUAUGAUCAAGAACACUAUCGACUAUGCAGGGGUUGAGGCCAUUGACACAGGAAACGAGGAGGCAGAAGAGGAAGAAGAGCAGGAAGUGGACGUCCUGAGCGAAAGAUUCCAGGACAGGCUUGCAAUAGAUACUAUCAAGGUGAUCCAGUGCGGUGUAUGCGGAGACACAGAUGCCUCUCGCCUAAACCUGUAUUGUCAAUACUGCGAAUUAACAUACCAUGAAACAUGUCUACGUGGGCUAGCCUGUGAGGUGGGUGAACGUACUACGUGGCACGAGUGCGCCGACUGUCGAUCGCGUGAAUUGUUAGAGCUGCAUUUGGGCUCCAACGAGGGCCAAAUCGCUAGGUAUGAUUCCAGGAGCUGCAUAAUAUUGGGAGGCAAAGUACGGAGCAAGCACAGCGUCAGAACGCAGCAAAUGUAUGAGAGAAUACGAAAUGCUAAGCGCAGCAUCCAGGCACAUGUGCGACGAGCACUAGAUCAGUAUCCGCUUCCACUGCUGCUGUUCAGGAAAACAUACAAGCACGUAAACAAGCAAGUAUCCCGCAAGUUGUACCGUCUUUCUGACAACACCUACAUGCCCGACCAAUACGACUACGACUCGUUGGCCCGUUCUGGAGUUCACACGGAGCUUUCACUCUGCUACCACAUUGAAUAG